GCCUUUCUCCAACACCCUCCUUUUUCAUCUUGUAGGUCGCACAACUCUUUAUACUCGCCCGGUUCUUCGCAAUCUCAGCAACCUCAGCUCUCCCCUGUUGCAACUCUCCUGCCCAUCAUCCUCUCCCACCCCUAUUCCUUCCUCCUCAUCUCCUCGUUUUAGCCUCCCCUGCCCUCCCAUCCUCCCUUCUCUUGCUCCCCCCUCAUCGGCCUCCAAGAUAGAUUCCCUCAGGAGUAAGGUUGACCUACUCAAACUGCCCCUGGCUCUCUCCACAAAGUCCAUCUCCGAGCGCAAAAACCAACUGGGAGGCGUCGGCGAGCAGCGCGGCACGGCGGGAGGAGGCGGGGCUCGUAAAGCCCGCUCACCGCCGACCCGAGACAUGGACAACGAGUCGCAGUACUCGGGCUACUCAUACAAGUCCUCCCAUUCCCGAAGCUCCCGAAAGCACAGGGAUCGGCGGGACCGUCACCGCUCCAAGAGCCGAGACAGCAGCAGUCGUGGAGACAAAUCGGUCACCAUCCAAACACCCGGAGAGCCGCUUCUCGAUGCAGAGUCGACCCGCGGAGAUGACAGGGAUGACAACUGGGGAGAGACCACCACUGUGGUCACUGGCACCUCAGAGCACAGCAUCUCAAACGAGGACCUGACCCGCGUCACCAAAGAUUUGGAGGAGUCAACUCCACUGGAGUGCAAGCGUUUUGUGGGUCCAGCAUUGGGAGGCUGCCUGAGCUUCUUUGCCCUGGUCACGCCAUUAGCCUUCCUCAUCCUGCCGCAGGUCUUGUGGCGUGACGCCCUCGAGCCUUGUGGCACGCCCUGCGAGGGCCUCUACGUCUCCCUGGCCUUCAAGCUCUUGGUCCUGCUCAUCUCCUCCUGGGCUCUGUUCCUCCGCCCUCCCCGCGCCACCCUCCCGCGCUUUUUUGUCUUCCGCUGCCUCCUGAUGGUGCUGGUGUUCCUGUUUGUGGCGUCGUACUGGUUGUUCUAUGGUGUGCGUGUGUUGGAGCCCAGAGAACGGGACUAUAGGGGGAUUGUGGAGUACGCUGCCUCGCUGGUGGAUGCUCUGCUCUUCAUCCAGUACCUGGCUCUGGUGCUGCUGGAAGUCCGACACCUUCAGCCAGCCUUCUGCCUUAAGGUGGUGCGGAGCACAGAUGGUGCCAGCAAGUUCUACAGCGUGGGCCACCUCAGCAUCCAGCGGGCAGCUGUCUGGGUUUUGGACCGUUAUUACAGCGACUUCCCCGUCUAUAACCCAGCUCUCCUCAACCUGCCCAAGUCCAUCCUGUCCAAGAAGAUGACAGGCUUCAAAGUUUACUCUCUGGAUGAAAACACGACCAAUAACUCCACAGGCCAGUCCCGGGCCAUGAUAGCAGCUGCUGCCAGACGGAGAGACAACUCCCACAACGAGUAUUACUACGAGGAGGCCGAGAUGGACCGAAGGAUCCGCAAACGGAAGGCUAGGUUGGUGGUGGCGGUGGAAGAGGCCUUCACGCAUAUCAAGCGCCUCCAAGAGGAAGAGGUGGCCUCAUCUCCCAAGCACCCCAGAGAGGUAAUGGAUCCUCGAGAGGCAGCCCAAGCCAUCUUUGCCCCGAUGGCCCGGGCCAUGCAGAAGUACCUGAGAACCACACGGCAGCAGGCCUUCCACAGUAUGGAGAGCAUCCUCACACACCUUCAGUUCUGCAUCACGCACAACAUGACACCCAAGGCUUUCCUGGAGCGUUACCUCACCGCCGGCCCCACCAUGCAGUACCAGCAGCAGAACGGUAGGGGGCGCCAGUGGACUCUGGUGAGCGAGGAGCCGGUGACCUCAGCCCUGCGUCAGGGUUUGGUCUUCUCCCUGCGACGCCUGGACUUCUCCCUUGUUGUGACGGUGACGCCGCUCCCCUUCCUGCGGCUCGGGGAGGAGUUCAUCGACCCAAAGAGCCACAAGUUUGUCAUGAGGCUACAGUCUGAGACCUCGGUGUAAAAGCGUCCAGUAAAACAUCUUCUUUUUCCUACACUUUCCUCUCCCCUCGUGCUCACUCCUCCUGGAUCACUGAUGCGGUGGGACAUGCGGAGGCCAUGUGGUCUAUUCUCGCCCAAUCAUUUCCCCUCUCAUCAACAAACAAACCAUUCAGAGAGGAACAUCUCUGCAGGCCUCCUCCUUCCUGUUUUGUGAUCAUCACAGAUGCUUUGCGUCAGACUGUGAUCAGCUCAACGAUUGUUCAAACCCUGGAAGUAAACAGAUGCCUUGACCUUUUCUUUUCUUGACAAUGUCUUUACGGCACACUGUAAAAUUCUUUGUUCCUCUAAACGGGGACUUUUCCUCCUUUUGCCUCUUCUUUUGCUGUAACCACUGGACUAGUUUACUGUGCUGACUCAACACGUAAACACCAGAGGAAAGGGAUUACAUCACAUGUGUCACUUCCUCUUAUUUGUGUCUUAAAAUCAGUCCAACUGGAUUUCAGCUCUGACUGCAACGCUGAUGUACCACUGCCCUCUGGUCCCCUGUCAGUCGUUGUGUUUAACAUAAGCAGGACUGUUGUUGUUUUUUUACAUAUAUAUGUUAGAGGAGUGACUUUUUAACUUUCAGAAUGUAGCAUUUUGUGCAGUGAGUUAACAUGUUUCUCUCUUGUGGCCUUGAAGGGCCAGUAUGUCCUUUUUUUUAAAUUUUUAUGUGACUAUUAAGCAAAAUGGAAGUACAUUCCUAACUCAUUGCAACUCCAAACUGUAUGUUCACGAUUGUUUAAAUAUGCAGCUUUAGUUUAUUUAACACUGGUACUUUUACUAUUGAUGUCACAGUUUUAGCAGGCCAUGUUACAGAAUAAAAAUGACAUUUUCACCUGGUAUUAACUGAGAUUCUGAACAUUACUUGCGUGAGGAUCUUAAAGUGUGAGCUUGACGGUGUUCUGAAUUUUUCAUACUGUCAACAAAUUCAGCGAAAAGACCAACAGUGCACUCGUCUCGAGUGUCAUUACUUGGAAUCUAUUCAUUGCUGCUACUUCCUAAGAACAACUCAUACAUGCAUUAUGUUGUUAUUCUUUUUUAACUCAUGGAUACUAUGUUUUUGGAAAUGUUACUCAUGCCUAAGUAGUAAGUGGAUUUACUCAGUGCUAUUUAUAGCUGGUGACUUUUAGAUACAAUUGAGUAUUUUUGGCAGCAGGAUGGCGUGAGUGGAAGAAUAAAUUGCACAGCAAUGGAAAAACUGGAGCCAGUAACAGGCCGAUGCCACUCUUUACAGAGUAAAAUAUUUCUAAUGUCACAUAAUGGCUCAUAUUUUCAGAAUAUUACUUAGAUUCUUUGAUAAGUUAUACUCGCGCUUUAUGUUCUGUCUGCUAGUCAGAGUCUCUCCAAUGGACAAACUAAAAAUACGUCUUGAUAUCAGCUCGUAUCAUGCCGAUACUGAAAUAUGUGUACUAGUGGAUUUUAACCUGAUAUAUUAGCUGUGCUUUAGAGAGAAAAAAAUAAUAUCACAUGGUAUAUUAGUGUUCUGGGUGUAGUUUUUGGAUAGACCAGUAAAUUAAAUCAGGCUCUCAGUACACAUACAAAGCGUGUUUGUUUUUAUUUGACAAUAUGAAAAACAAGAGUAUUACCAGCCUCACUCUUUAAUGCAAAUGCAAUCUGUGCGUCCGAUAUGUUGAAAUGCUGGUAAAAUCUUUGCAUUUUAAGCGAUAAAAUCUGCAGAUUUUCUGUGACUGACUGGAAAAAAAGCAUACUCUGUGCUAAAUUCAAGUUAACUGUUUGUGCAACCAUGUUUCAAGAGUUUCCUUAACAGAUACCGACAGAGUUGCUGCAUUAUUGAGGGUAUAUUUAGAUUCUGCGGAAGAAGUUACGCCUGCACACCAACUCUAAGCCACCCUAAUAAUCAGAUAACAGCAUUUCGAGUCACUGUGUGCAGGCGCUCAUCUGUCAUAAAACUUCACUCUAUCUGAAAAUGCCCUGAUUAUUAAUAUUGGAAGUGAAAUAAUACAGUGUAUCGUUACAGUGUAAUACCAGGUGUAAAUGUAGUCACUCACACUUCUUACACAAUUAAAUGAAUCCAGAUGUGGCAGCUGUAGUUUAACUAUGAGCUGGCUUAUUGUGGUUUAAUGUUUUUUUACAUGCAUAUCUACAAGAAUCCCAAACCAGACAUGUGAUUGUAACUCCUCUCUGCAGCUCCUCUGCAGCAGUAGCUUAUCACCGCCUCGCCUUGUGCCACGAGCUGAAACGGGCACAGUGAACAUGCUGCCUAUGACCUUUCCUCAGCCUUAGUUUCCAGAUGUGGAGGAGCAGCAGACUCUGACUCCCCCACCCCUUCGUCUGCAGGUCCCGAUACUUAACCCGAUGUUUCCACCCCACAUGCUGAGCCACAGAAACAGACAAAAGCAGACUGACUGCUUUUGUCAAAUGCGGUUUUAAAAAGUCCUUCACAUUUCUGAAAAAUGAAACCAACAAACACCAGGUCCGAUUUGUUCGAUAUUUCAUCUGAUUUUUGUAAAAAAAAAUAAAAAAUACAAACGAACAAAAGAAUGCAUGCAUAGAUUUAUUUUGGGCUCCAAAUCCUUUUUAUAAUAAGUUGUUUUCUAUCAUUUUUACGGUGCCUAAGUUAUGAUAAUGCAAUUUUCAGAAUGUAAAAAAAAAUUGUAGAUCUGUGUUGUAUUUUGUUCUUUUUGGUAACUGUAGCUUGUAUAGUGUGCUAGGCUUUUUCCAU